AUGACGGUUCUUUCUAUUAUACUAUACGCACUUGUCUGGUCUCUGAAUAGUCGAGCUAUAAGUGUGCUAGGUGUGCCGGCCAAUAAUGACCUGACGUCAAGUCCGUUACCCCAGCUAGACGUGGGCAGUCAGGAGGCCCCAAGCUUCCUAAAGACCAAGCGACAAUCAAAUAGCGAUAUUCUGCUUGCCUUGUAUUAUCGUGAUCCCCUCGCGCUCUGGAAAAAGAAACUCGACUCGUUUCAUUGGGGAAUACACGUUACUCCGGAGAAUGUUCCAGGAAAAUCUACAACUCUUUUCCAUGCCGUGAAUGAAGGAGAGGACCUCAAGGUAUUCGAGUAUGAGAAGAGAUUGGUCAACCCGCUUGCCCAGAAAAAGCUGCUUGGACGUAUCAAAAUCGGCACGAAGCCUAGUACGGUCUCGGUUGAGGAUAUCGAUAACUUACUUUCCCAAGUACCAGUGCCAAACAAACACGACGCCGCGUCCGAGAGUUGCGUCUCAUGGGCCCUAUGUGGAGUUCGCAAGCUGCAAGAAGGCGGUGUAAUUGAGAGCUUUGAUACCGAGACUUUUUCUGACCAAGUUCUACAAUAUGGACUCGAGCAAUUCCGUGCUACGUUGUACGCAGACACCGGAGCUGAGAAUGAGAUAACACACAAAAUUGCCCGCUACGAUGUGCAGCAAGGGAAGACUGUGGUGGAAGAGGUCCAGGGGAACCAAGCCACCCCAGUUGAGACCCCAGAGAACCCUGAGGAGGCUCCUGUACUUUGCGAACGGUCUGCACUAGACUGCAUGAGCCGCCCGGCAAAGGAAAAGACGCCCAAUACAGCCGACGAGGGCGAGCUUGUACCAAUGGCCAAGCAGAGCUCCAAGGAAAAUUUCGACAGCCUUCUGGAAGAGUUUGGCCAUGACGGCUUGGUGAAAAACGACCGGCUAUAUACCGAGCUGAAUGUACGACUCGGCGAGCUUAGUACACUGCCGCGAGCUGAGAGAAUCGCCGGUUUCACCAAGAUUGGAGAGGGUGCGCUAGGCGUCGCCGGCCUCGCACUCUAUGGCAAGGCCGUGGCGGAUGUAUUCACGAGCGAUACUAGCGUCAUGGAUAAAGCCGUCGUACUAACGUCCGUCUUGCCUGGAAUCGGCUGCGCGGUCCAACUUGCCCAAGGUAUACAGAACGACCACGUGAAUGCUGGCCAUAUUGCGCUAUGCUUUGCUGAAGAUGCUCUCAUGCUCUCUGGGUUCUGGGAAAUCGCACUAGUGCUCCAACUAUCCGAAUCACUUGUCGAGUUCUUUAAAGAAGACGCCGAACAGAGGAAGCUAUUUGAUACCGAGCUAUUCCGCCAAAAGGGCUCAGAGGGGUGGGCACACAACGUUGAGAGAAUGCUUAACCACAUCAAAUCAGAUGAAUUUGCUGCCUCUGCCAAGACCCAAUUCUUGUCUUACCAAUUGCUCGUUUUAUACCAGGCGUCGCAGCUAAGAGGUGAUUUUCAGGCUUCUCACCAAGCUAUAUCAGCAACGGUUAAUGCCUCUGACUCGCAGCCGGACCACGGCACGAAUGUCGAUGCACAUGUCAAGUUCGAGCUCAACCGGCAGAUUUGUGCAGCAAUGGCGCUGGCUAAACGCCAGCUUCGGCAGAAACUUGAAUCAGUAGCCCUUAAACACACUGAGAAGCUGUCCAACGACUUCAAGGAGCAGUUCUUUGGCGAAUACCGGAAGGCGGCGACGAGGCCGAUCAGUUUCCUUGGCAUUCCGAUGCCCCAGAAUUCUUGGAAUAUCGCAGAGCUCGACCGCGUUAUUAAUGAAGCUAAAGCGUUUCCUCUGCCCCUAUACAAAGACAGGAUCGAUCACGCUAUUCAAGAGGUUAUGGAGCGGCUCGAGAUGCCUGAUCGCUGCAAGUGCCUUCAGGGUAGUAAAAAGAAGGUGUGCGAGUUUGCAGACUGCUCAAAUCCGGAACCCAGGCGAUGGCAUCACGAUUCAGCAGGAAGGAUUUACGUCAAGAAUAUUCUGUCUCAAGACAUUGGCGUGAGAACGAGUCUAUCUGAGAAUUGCACGGCUCUUUUCACACCAUGUCAAGGCCCUGACUCGGCAGGCGAGACUGGCAGGCAACUGUGGUGUAGGUUAUAG